AAAAAUCAAACAGCUGUUUUUUGUUUAUGCGUGAAAAAUGCAGCAAAUGUAACAAACGCAAAAAACAUUAAAAUUAGCACAAAUUAAACUAUAAACUACAAAAAUUGCUAAACAAUUAUGUGCAUUAAUACACAACAAGUACAACAACAUAUAACACCCUCCCGGAAACUAUGUAAAGAGGGAAGAUUAAGUUUAAUGUGUUACCUGGGAACAAUUGCAUUGGUAUUAACGCCUUCAGUGCCGCAAAUCUAUUAUGGAAUUGUACCAAAAGUAUGGGGAGCACAAUUAUGGGGACCAGUAUUAUAUUUUGCUUUGAUUAGUAUGAUCAUACGUUUUGUCUUAAGAAAUACAGAAUAUCAAAUAGCAAUACGAGCUUCAUUCUUGGGUUUUGUAGAAGCUAUUUGCAUACUGUUGAUAUGUUUUGCGCCAAUGGUAUGGAAACAAUUUGGCGUUUAUGGUUUCUUCAUGGCGUUUUUUCAUUAUUCCGAAUUUCUGGCCAUAGCCUGGUGCAAUCCCAAAAGUUUGACUGUGGACUCAUUUAUUUUGAAUCAUUCUUGGGCAUAUGGUUUGGCGGCAGCAGCUAGUUGGUUAGAAUUUGUUUUGGAGGUCUAUUUUCUACCUAAUUUUAAGGACUUUUAUUAUUUGUGGCUUGUGGGCGUUGUCCUGUGUAUAUUUGGUGAAGUUGUGCGCAAGACGGCUAUGAUCACCGCCAGUAAUAGUUUUACUCAUUUGGUGCAAUAUGAAAAAGCCGAUGAUCACAAACUAAUAACUCAUGGUAUCUAUGGUUAUUCUCGUCAUCCUUCCUAUGUUGGUUGGUUUUGGUGGUCAAUUGGUACUCAAUUUAUACUUAUGAAUCCAUUUUGUAUACUCGCUUACACCGCAGCCAGUUGGAAAUUCUUUCACGAUCGCAUUUACUGUGAAGAAUUUACGCUUUUGAAUUUCUUUCGUAAUGACUAUAAAGUAUAUCAACAAAAUGUACCCACUGGAUUGCCGUUUAUUAAAGGUUUUAUAUUAGAUUAAAACAAACGAAAAUAUUAUUAUUUUACCACUAAACCUCAUUAAGAAAAAUCAAGUCUGUAGUUGAAAUUAACUACAAGUAUAAUUUAUUUAUUAUUUUUAUUUAUAAUACAACAAUAGCUCUGCUCAGUAACUAUAAAAUAUUUGGAAUCUUUUUAAACAUUUUCUUUGAUUUUUAAGAGCACGCAACCAAUUUGUUUUUAGAUUUUAUACAAAUUUAAAAUAUUCCCUAAUAUUAUUUGUUACGUUAAUAGCAAUCAUUAUGUAUUAAUUAGUUAAAUUAUACUUAUCAUAUCCAAUGAUAAAAUUAUAUAUUUGUUUUAAUUUCCUAACCAUAAUAACAAAAAAACUUUCCUCUUCAUACAUAUGAUUAUUGUGACAAUGCCAACUAAAUAAGUUAACAUUUUAAUUAAUAAUAAAUUAGAUU